AAUACCCUCAUAUUUCAUGCAUGUUUUAAACUAUGUGAUCGGCGUUAACAACAAUGGGCCAUAGAGACCGCUGCAAGAGGAAGCGACAGUCAAAAGGCGGGAUGAUUGUGCAGUAAUAUACUAUUUUGAUACUAGAAAAUACCUUUAUUCUCACUAACCAGCACGGAUGUCAUCUCUACUUUGUGUUCAGCAGCCAGGCGGCACAGUGCACGUCUAUAACAGAGAUGUCAUCUCCCAGCUUAGUGACUGGACAUCGCCCCUUCAAACGCCAGCCUCAUCUGCUUCCCAGUUAAAGUCCCGAUCUGCUGGUUACACAUCAUCAUCAUCAGCGAGCAGACGUGAUGGCUCACAGUCAAGAUCAACCUUAACGACAGAGAAGUCUGAAAAGCUCACAGACUGGCUCAAUGCAAAGAGUGUCAAAGAAUUACAGGAUAGAUCAGAUCGGGAGACACGAUCAACACGAAAACUCUUAGCGACGCUGCUGCAAGGAGAGAAAACAUUUGUGCAGGAUGCCACUGAAUAUUUGGGUAAUAGAUCAAUUCUGGAGUUGCGCAGGAAGGAAUUGUUACACAAGCGGUGGUCAGAUGAAGUUUAUGAGCCUCUCAGGAAGAAGAUUAAUGAUGAAAUGUCAAGUAGACACUGGCCAGAUGUUGAUAGGAGAAAGCGAGAGAUGCACAAACAAUAUUUGGAAUUCUCAAAUAGAAAGGGUCAUGUGUUUUUGGAUACCAUUGAUCCAGGGGAAUAUUACGCCAUGGCAUUGACUGGCCAGAGGCCUGCACCACUUAAGAUAGCUACAGCCAAACUGAGAGACCCGUUACUGUCACAAGGGAGUCAACGUAACGAUGAAGAUCGCAUGAUGUUACGAUGUCUGACAGGCAACCACUACACAGACAGAGACAUUGAACAGAUCAAGCAGCCGCUGUUACCCUUAGUGCCCCUGGGGCGUCACGGCACAGAGUGCAGCACCUGGCUCUCUAUGCCACUUCACAAUAUCGAGAGUACAUGUCGACAAGCCAGCAGGAGACGGAUGGUUGGCAGUACAAGGCAUCAGAUGGAUUUUGGAACCUGGGCUAAAGCACCCUUUGAUUCUGCUGUGGUUGAUGAAGAAAUGCAAGUUCAAAGACGGCGUACAUUUCCAGAGUCGUCCAUCUUUGGGAAGCCCCCACCACAUGUACAUCCUACCCACUCCCAGUCACACUUAGUGGAUGUUGCAACCAGCACUUCAGAUAUGUAACUCUCUGGGUUUUGUUUGUAGUUACGAUUUGUGCUCUUGUAUCAUAGCUCAUUCUCACAGUUUACUGUGUAUUGAUUGUGGGAAAACGUAUGUAAUACAUGUAGCUACGUGUGAUCUGCUGAAAAAUAAAUGAAAGAUUUGCAUGACUCAUAAAUUUACUAAGAUGGUUUUCUUGUCAUAUUGGGUAUUUUUGUACAGAAUAUGAAGUCAGUUUAUAUACAUUUUCUUUUUAAUAUUUUGCUUUGUGUAGUAUAUUUUGUUACAUGUGACAGUGUUUUUAUAUCAUAUAUAUGCUUAUAUUAUGUAACAGUAUUUAUGGAGAAAUAUUACCCC